AUGCGGCUCCUGGCGCUGGCGGCGGCCGUGCUGCUGGCGCGGGCUCCGGCCCCGGAGGUGUGUGGGGCCCUCAAUGUCACCGUGUCCCCGGGGCCUGUGGUUGACUACCUGGAGGGGGAAAAUGCCACUCUUCUCUGCCAUGUCUCCCAGAAGAGACGGAAGGACAGCUUGCUGGCCGUGCGCUGGUUCUUCGCACGCCCCAAUGCCCAGGAAGCCUUGAUGGUUAAGAUGACCAAACUCCGGGUGGUGCAGUACUACGGGAAUUACAGCCGCAGCGCCUUCCGGCAGAGGCUGUGCCUCCUGGAGGAGAGGCGCGGGGCACUCUACACACUCUCUGUUUUGACCCUCCGGCCAGCAGAUCAAGGGCAUUACGUCUGCAAAGUCCAGGAAAUCAGCAAGCACAGGAAUAAGUGGACCGCCUGGUCCAACGGUUCCUCAGCGACGGAAAUGAGAGUGAUUUCCCUCAAAGCUUCUGAAGAUUCAUCCUUUGAGAAAAAGAAAGAGACCUGGGCAUUUUUUGAAGAUCUCUACAUCUACGCUGUUCUCGUGUGCUGCGUGGGGAUCCUCAGUGUCCUCCUCUUCACCCUGACCAUCAUCUGGCAGUCUGUGUUUAGCAAGAGGAAAGCCAGAGCGAGACAUUAUUUGGUGAAAUGUCCCCAGAACAGCUCCGGGGAGACCGUGACCAGUGUGACCAGCUUGGCUCCCCUGCAACCCAAGAAGGGCAAGAGGUGGAAGGAGAAGGCUGACGUUCCUCCUGCAGUCCCUGCCAAAGCUCCCAUAGCUGCCACAUUCCAUAAACCGAAGCUGCUGAAACCACAAAGGAAAGUUGCCCUGCCGAAGAUCGCGGAGGAGAGCCUGACCUACGCUGAGCUGGAGCUGGUCAAACCCCACCGGGCUGCCAAAGGCCUCCCCACCAGCACCGUCUAUGCCCAGAUCCUCUUUGAGGAGAACAAGCUGUAACGUGGCGUCUUCUUCCGUGGUCCUCUUCCGUGGUCCUAUUUAAUACAUGCCACCCCAGUUAUUUAUGAUACCUUGGAAACAAAACCCUUAUUUUUGUAUUUUCCCUCGUGCCUCCUGUGUGGUGGGGUACGAGGCUCCUCUCCAUAAAAAAGUAGGGGCCGCAGCCCUUGGAUGAAUCUCCCAGGACAAAUCUCCCAGGACGGGACAUGUCUGGGUCUGAGCCCCGAGCAGUAUGGACUCUGAUUCGGAGAGGACCCAAGGAGAUUUUCUGCUGAGCCAAAUCCCUUCAUGUUUUCUUCUCCUUUCUUUGGGUUUUAAUCUUUUUAAAAAUCUUACUUUAUUCUUCUACUCUUCCUGUAUUUGUGAUAUCAAGCUCAUAGUAUACAGCUAGAGGAAAUGCCAUUAUAGGCCCAAGUGUGAGAUGGUAGACACGUACUAAUUGUUUUUUCAGAAGGUCAGAGAGCAUUUCUAGGGCACCUUGAGGGGAGCAAGCUGCUUACUGCAAACGGUCACUCAAGAAAGCAUCUCUUGUUCCAAACAGAUGCACUGACCCUGGAGAUUUAAGGGCAGCAGCAGAUUGUGGGGAACCUUGCUGUCUAAGCUAACAGCCCACUAUCUCCAAAUAUGCCAGUGCCCAUUUCCCCACCCGGAAUCCCCCAAGGCUGCAGGGCGAGUAGCACACCAUUCAAAAGGACUUCAGCACGGUGGACCUGCAUUGCUAUAGAAACUCUUGUUCUCCAGAAAGUUCUUACUGUUUUCCAAAGGAGCAAGGGAGGGAGCCAGCCAUCCAUGGACACACUGGUGGAAGUGGGCCUCUUAGAAGUGUGCAGAGUUACUGCUCUGAUUGCAUGCCCGCUCCUGUGUGAGCAGAGCUUUCGGCCUGGUUCCCCUGGGCUAGGAGAGUAAGAGGUGCAAGCCGAGCUGGAAAAAUGUGUUUUAAAGACCCUACUGUUGUAGAGCACCUCUCCCAAGCCAA